AUGGCGGCCGCGAAGCUCGUGGCUUUGUUACUUAUCGCCUUCGUUUUCACCACCGGUGUUUUCGCCGAUGCUGGAAUCGACGGUGAAGAACCGAAGCUCGAAACCACCGUCGGAUCUCAGAUCGAGUUUGAUCAGCUUAAUGCUAAGAUUCUAGCCCUAGAAUCCCAAAUUGAUGACAAAACAAAAGAACUUAAAGGGAGAGAAGAGUUAGUAGCAGAGAAGGAGAAACUUCUUCAAGAGAAACAUGACAAAGUUGCUUCCUUGGAGACUGAGGUUUCAUCACUAAGGAAAAAAGGUUCAUCAGAUUCCACGGAAUUGUUGGGAACCGCUCAAGCAAGAGCUGCUGAAUUAGAGAAGCAGGUUGAGGUACUUAAGAACUUUCUGGAGCAAAAAAACAAGGAGAAAGAAUCCACAGAAGCUCGGAGGAGUGAAGCCGAGAAAAAGCUAAGCGAAUUGAACUCGAGAGUGGAGGAACUUCACAAGACAAAUGAAGAGCAGAAGAACAAGAUACGAAAACUUGAGCGUGCUCUUAAAAUUUCUGAGGAAGAAAUGUUACGGGCAAAGCAAGAAGCAACCACAAAGGCUCAGCAACUGCUGGAGGUUCAUGGCGCGUGGCUUCCCCCAUGGCUUGCUGUACACUGGAUUAAUUUUCAGACUGUUGCUGGGACACACUGGGACUCCCACGGAAAACCGGUUAUGGAGAAAGUAACGCAAAAGGCGAAGCAAGCCAAGGCUCAAGCUGAAAAGUGGGCUGAACCACACAUGGUUAAUGUUAAAACUAAAUAUAUUCCAGCCAUGAAAGAUACUGUUAAAACGCAUGUUGAGCCACACAUACAAACACUAUCUAACAAAGCGAAAGAUACUUACCAUGCUUCCAAAAGUGCUGUUACUCCACAUAUUAUCAAGUUUCAAGAACAUGUAGAUCCCUAUUACCAGGGGGCUAAAAUGUUUAGCAAGCCAUACGUUGAUCAAGUGGCCACGGCAACAAAACCACAUGUUGAUAAGGUGAGAGCUACCAUGAAGCCUUACACGAAGAAGGCUGUUCACUACUACAAAGAGUUCCUAAAAUCUGCAACAAUGUAUCACCAUCAGGUUAAAGCCAAUGUCGAAAGAAAAUUGAAGAGCCAUGAGCUGACCGAACCUUUUGCCACCAAAGAAUUCGUUUGGUUUACAGCCUCUGCUUUGUUGGCGUUACCCAUCUUCAUAGCGUACAAAUUCCUCUCACAAAGGCAAAGAAACCUACCAGACACACUCAUCACCAUAGUCGUCGUAAGGCCAAAAGGGGUCAUUCUGACAAGUGAAGUAACACGAUUUGUGCUGUUGUCACUUCCUCGUGCUGAAAAUAUUAGAGGUACGUCUCGCUUUCUGCUUAGAUACUCGUCGCCGAUUAACAAAGAAUCUGUGUGUGUCCGGUUUCCGAAUCCUAUAGCAGAGUCCUUUUGUGAAAUCCAAAACGUUUUCAACACCUACUCAUAUAGUGUAGAAGCUAUUCAGCGACUAGUAACGACGGGUUUUGAUGCGGUCUCUUUGUACCUCAGCAACAGACAUGUUGUCUAA